AUGACCGCAGGAGGCUCCCGCGAGAGCCCACGCCAGGGCGAGGAGCUCACACCAAAAGGACGACCUGCCAGUGCCAAGCUGUGGCAUCACUGGUGUAAGAGGGCUUGCCCGGCCAGCACCACACCAGCUGCUCAGCACUGCGCAGCCUGGCUGGGCAUCAACAUCUUCCUCUUCACAUACUACUUUCUGUUCUUCAACGGGGACGAGCGGUACUUCUAUACCAGGACCAUCCUCAGGCCCAUCCUGCCGCCCCUGCAGACCGUCGAGUACGUGGCCUUCACCACCAUCCCGGGGCUGACGGGGGUCAUCAUCACACUGGCGCUCAUCCUCAUGGUCACGUCCUCUACUGAGUUCAUCCGCAGGAACUACUUCGAGGUCUUCUGGUACACGCACCACCUCUUCCUCAUCUACUUCGCCGGCCUCAUCAUCCACGGCAUCGCCGGGCUGGUGCGCGGGCAGACGGAGGAGAGCAUGGAGGAGGUGCACCCCCAUCGCUGUGCCAAAUAUCUCAUGCACAAGGACAAGAACUGCAGCCAUGACUGCUGCAAAGACCCCGAGUUCGGGAGCAUCCCUGCUGAGUCUUGGAAGUGGGUUCUGGCCCCCGUCCUCCUCUACAUCUUCGAGCGGAUCCUCCGGGUCUGGCGUGCACGACAGAAGGUGGUUGUCACCAAGGUGGUCAUGCACCCUGCCCGCGUGCUGGAGCUGCAGAUGCAGAAGAAGGGCUUCUGCAUGGAGGUGGGGCAGUACAUCUUCGUCAACUGCCCCGCCAUCUCCCUGCUAGAGUGGCACCCCUUCACCCUCACCUCAGCACCCGAGGAGGACUUCUUCUCCAUCCACAUCCGGGCGGCCGGCGACUGGACGGAGCGUCUCAUUGACACCUUCCAGCAGCAGAAGCUGGAGAAGCCCAGGAUCGAGGUGGAUGGCCCCUUCGGCACGGCCAGCGAAGACGUGUUCCAGUACGAGGUGGCCAUGCUGGUGGGAGCGGGCAUCGGCGUCACCCCCUUCGCCUCCAUCCUGAAGUCCAUCUGGUACAAGUUCCAGCAGGCUGACCAGACUCUCAAGACCAAGAAGAUCUACUUCUACUGGCUCUGCCGGGACACGGGAGCCUUCGCCUGGUUCAACGACCUGCUUGCCUCGCUGGAGCAGAAGAUGGCAGAGUCGGGCAAGGCGGACUUUCUCACCUAUCGUCUCUUCCUCACUGGCUGGGACACCAGCAUUGCCAACAAUGUGGCGCUCCACUUCGACACCGCUACGGACACGGUGACGGGCCUCAGGCACAAAACCAUCUUUGGGCGGCCCAUGUGGAACAGCGAGUUUGCUGCGGUGGCUGCAGCCCACCCCAGGUCGGUGGUCGGCGUGUUCCUCUGCGGGCCAGGGGCCUUGGCGAAGACCCUGCAGAAGUCUUGCCACCAACACUCCAGCCUGGACCCCAGGAAGGUCAAAUUCUACUUCAACAAGGAGAACUUCUAA